GUGUGGGUGUGUGUACCUUGCCUUAUCCGAACGAUGGCAAGUUUUGAUUUGAAUCCCCGACUACCUUAACCUUCCUAAUGGUUUCUCACCUUGUCCUCAUUCUUUGUUUCUUUGGAUAUUCUGCCUUAGAUUCCAUUCCUCCCUCAAAUCUCGACCCUGUUUUUCGGCCUAUAGAAUUUCAGUCAUGAUACAAACACGAUUUCCAUCGGAUUAGAUCUCGUCAAUUUCACGCCCUGGCCCUGCGCGGCCCGCCGACCGUCGUCGCUCAGUUACUCGGCAUUUUAUCCCAGUUUCCCACGAGUUAUUGCAUUGUUCACAACUACAGUCUGGUCGCUUCAGUCCGCCAGCUGACGAAAAUUUUACCGCCAUGGAGGCUGGUGUAAAAAGGCCGUCCUCCGACUGUCUGUCUUCUUCUCCGCUGUCGUCCUUGGCCUCGUCACAAGCCCCUUCCUCGCCCUUGACCGUUCUUUCGAAUUCGCCCUCACCACCGACGCCAUCUCCAGCGAAUCGCGACGCUUCCAGCCGUUAUCCCUCGCCGAGCACAUCCUCCGUGGCAAUUUCGUCAGGAAGCGCGUCGCCAAUGAACGCCUCGCGCCCCACGCCGGCGUCUUCGGACAUGGCAGUGGAGGCGUCUGUCCGCACUGACGGACCCCCUCCUGCCAAAAAGCGCAAGGUGCAGCAAAAGCGGGAGCGCAAGACGGAGUAUCUUGAUCUUGACAAGACCGGCGACGAGGGUCAUCAGGACGAGUUACUCGCCCGUCUCGCAAAGGUCUUGCGCAAGAAGAAGCGCAUCGUCAUCAUCGCUGGUGCCGGAAUAUCCGUGUCCGCAGGGAUCCCUGAUUUUCGAUCCCAGUCCGGCCUUUUUAAGUCUAAUGGGAAACACCUUUUCGACGUGUCGGUUUACCACGACGACUCAUUAACGUCGGCGUUUCACAAAAUGGUGAGGGAGCUGGCUACAAAAUCACAGGCGGCCUCGCCGACGCCAUUUCACCACAUGAUGGCAUCUAUCGCGCAGGAGGGGCGUUUACUGCGACUGUAUACCCAAAAUAUCGACUGUCUGGACACCAAUAUGGAGCCACUCCGCACAUCAGUACCGCUCAAGGCUGCUCAGAAACCGUGGCCCAAGACCAUCCAACUUCAUGGCGGGCUCGCAAAAAUGCAAUGCACAAAGUGCGGUGACGUCAAAGACUUGGACCCCGAGCUAUUUGACGGACCCAAGCCUCCGUUGUGUGCGGUUUGUGAAGAGGCAGACCAGAUUCGCGUGGCUUUUGCCAACAAACGGAGUCGGGGCAUCGGCCGAUUACGUCCGCGUAUGGUCCUUUACAACGAAGCUAGCCCCGAAUCCGAAGAGGUCGGGACAGUGUCGGCUGCUGAUCUGGCCAGGGUUCCGGAUGCUGUCAUUGUGGUUGGCACAACGUUAAAGAUACCGGGAGUGAAGCGCCUGGUCACGGAAAUGUGCAGGGCUACACGCAGCCGCCGUGACGGAUUCACCGCCUUUCUCAGUGUCGAGCCUCCGCAGGGCGCCGAAUUUCAGGAAUGUUGGGAUAUAGUGGUUCGCGGGAAGUGUGACGAUGUUGCUGCAAUUGUGGGGUUGCCACGGUACGACGAGCCAGCCCCAACGGAGACGGACUGGAAAGUUACCCAGGCUACAGAGGAAUCCAAGAAGACCCAGGAAAAGGUUUCGAGCGUCGACAUCCAAAAGCCCAAACUCGUUUCUGCACCGGAGGAUCACGAAUCAAAGUCCAAAAGGCCGGGACAGCUGGUCGACAAGCAGAACGGCAGCAUACCAACACCAAGUGCCAGCCCAAAGCUCGAAACGGCUCAACCGAAUACAGGGACUCCCACUACAUUGUCUCUGUCAGAUGCCAAACAAACAAAGCUUCAGUUCGGUCAGCGCAAGAAGCUCCCAGGAGCUCCCACGACCAAGGCUGUCAACAAACGCACCAAGCUUCCAGACGCGCCGCAGCCCUCGAAACCAACCAAGUCCAAGAUACCGGUCAAGAAGGGAACCAAGAAGGAGGCUACCAAGAAGAGCGUCAAGGCUCAGCCAGUUCUUACCAAGGCCUUCAAGGCCACCAAGCCGAUCACCACGGAGGGGAAGCAGAUGCUGGUCAAACAGGAACCCUCUCCCAUACCCUCGUCUCCCGUCACCCCGAACGAAGAGUUAUUCCACAAGCUACCCAGUCUGCGUCCUGGGAAGCCCGUACAAUCUUUUACUGCGAGUACAGAAACGGCGACACCAUUCGACACACGGCCCAGCAGUCGUAUGUCUGUCCACGAUGUUGAGGACUCUGCGCUACAUCAUGGCUGUCAAGAGUCGCAUACCGUUUCGCCAAACUCCAAGCCACUGUCUAUGAGGCAUUUGAUCGACUGAAAAAACAACUCCGUACAGGGCAAACAGUAUUUCCUACUGAGCUGAACGGAGUGUAUACUACCGUUCAGUAGCAUUCCAGCCUUUUUAUCUUUAUUUUUGCGCGAACUAGGGCUUAGUCGCGCUUCUCUACAUGGCACUUAGCGAGGUUAACAUUGUUUUUUUGGCGCAAGUGGGUUUUUGCAGGAGGGCUGCCAGUUGCAUUGCCGAGCCAAUUCUUUUAAUCCGGAUGGCGGUGUAGGGCGUAUGGGACAGUUGGGGGAUUCACCCUUCUAAUGUGGUAUAUUCUUUAUCUGGCAGAUGUAUAUACAUGAUACAUAACAAAACUGGCGUACCUUGAUUCUUUUUUUCUUUCAGUGGGCAUAGAAAUAUCUGUUUUUUCUUGGCGCACAGAAGCAACGUUCAUCUUGGAUUUUUCUACGACAGAGCGGUGUCUAACAGAACUGUGAUUUGCAUCAAUGAACUUCAUCGAG